CGAAACGAAAAAGAAGAAGAAAUUAAAGCAAUUUUUCGUGUGUGUGUGUGUUUUUUAUCGCUAAAUCAAACAAAAAAUAAUCAUUAUGAACAAAAUUGGUUUAAUUUUAAUCGCUGUUGGUCUAUUGACAAUAGCUAUUAUAACAAGCGUUGUUGUUGUAUUGAAACCGAAAACAAAUAAUACACAUAUUGAUAUUAUAAAUGAUACAUGUCCAUAUUGUAAUGGAUCAACAUCACAACUUGGUGAAUUAUGUACAGAUUCGGAAGUAAAAUCAUUUCAUCAAUAUGCUGUUUCAACUGAUUCAAAUGUUUGUGCUAAAACUGGAAGAUCGAUUAUGGAUGAAGGUGGUAAUGCUGUUGAUGCCGGUAUUGCCGUAUUGCUUUGUAUGGGUGUUACUAUACCUGAAUCGAUGGGUCUUGGUGGUGGAUCAUUGAUUGUCUUCUAUAAUAAAACAAGUAAUAAUGCAACGUUUGUUGAUGCAAGAGAAGUGGCACCAAUAGCAUCAUCAAGAGAUAUGUUCAAUUCAACAAAAAGUGAUGCAGAAUUUAGUAAUUCAGCAUUAGGUUUAUUAUCGAUUGCAACACCGGGUGAAUUAGCCGGUUAUUGGCAUAUGUUUAAUAAAUAUGGUUCGAAAAAAAUUACAUGGAAAAGAUUAUUUCGUGAUGCAAUCAAUUUUGCUAAAAAUGGUUUCCCCGUUGGUAGACAUCUGGAAGAAGCAAUAUCACAAAAACGUGAUUUUAUAAUGGCAUAUAAUAAUUUAAAAAAUGUUUAUUACAAUCAAAAAACAGAUGAUUUUUAUAAACAUGGUGAAAUAUUGAAACAACCAAAAUUAGCUGAAACAUUAACAAAUUUAUCGUUAGCAAAAGAUGCAAAGAAAUAUUUUUAUGAAGAAUUAUCGACAAAAAUUAUUGAAGAUUUACAAAAUAAUACAGAUUUUCCAAAUCAAAAACCAAUAUUAACAGUGACUGAUUUUCAUGGCUAUAUUGUUGACGAAAAACCAGCAUAUUCAUUUAAUAUUAAAGAUGAUAUUAAACUUUUAACGGCUAGACUUCCAGGAAGUGGUAUAUUAUUAUCAUACAUAUUAAAAAUUAUGUUACAUCCAAAAUUUCAUCAUCUUUAUCCAGAUGCAAAAGAAAAUUUUAAUGAUUCGGUUUUAUUUUAUCAUCGAUUAAUGGAAUCAUAUAAAUUUGCCUAUGCAAAACGAAUGUAUCUUGGUGAUGAUAAUUAUGAUGAUUGUCACAAUAUUACAGAUAAAAUAACAACUGAUAAAUUUAUUGAAAAAAUUGUUAACAAAAUUGAUGAUAAAACUACACAUCCAAGUAAAUCUGGUUUCUACGAAAAUGAUAAAUUUCAAAAAAUGGAUCAUGGAACAGCACAUGUAUCAGUAUUGGAUAAACAUGGUAAUGCAUUUGCAGCAUCAACAACCGUAAAUCUUUAUUUUGGUAGUAAAGUUAUGUCACCAUCAACUGGUUUAAUUUUAAAUAAUCAGAUGGAUGAUUUUAAUACCGGUAAAACGAAUGCAUUUGAUUUGCCGCCAUCACAUUCAAAUACUAUUCAUCCUGGUAAACGACCAUUAUCAUCAAUGUCACCAUCAGUAUUUAUUGAUAAAACUGGUGUACGAUUAAUAAUUGGUGCUAGUGGUGGUUCAAAAAUUACAACUGCUGUUGCAUUAGUAUCAUUAAGACAUUUAUGGAUGGAUGAUGAUAUUAAAUUAGCAAUCGAUUCGGCUCGUCUUCAUCAUCAAUUAUAUCCGGAUCAUAUUGAAAAUGAAAAUUGUUUUCCAAAAAAUAUACUUGCUUCAUUAGAAGAAAAAAAUCAUAUCAUUAAACAAAUUGAAGAAGGUGAUCGUGGUGCAAUCGUAAUGGCUGUAAGUCGUUCAAAAAAUGGUACAAUACGUGCUAAUUCUGAUUGGCGUAAAGAUGGUACUAUUGAUGGUCUUUGAAAUCGAACAAACAAACAAAAAAAA